UGUAUGCUUUUGUAAAUGCAACUCUAUAUGUCGUCAUCUGCUAUCUGCUGAUAUUACUCAUGCAAAUUUCCGAAACAGUACAAAAAGGAGUAGUGAAACAUUUUCAGCUGGUGCAUCCUACGGAUAUCUGUUUCCUUUUAAAAUUAUCCGGCGAUUUCAUUAAAUUAUUCAAAAUUUUGCCUGCAAAGAAGCCUUUAGAAAAGUGUCAACUAUACAUGCCCGGUUUUCACAUAAAUGAAAUGGGUGAAAUGGUUUUGGAUGCCAUCGAUGACAUCGCAGUGGUUGAUGUCUACGAUUUAGCAACCGAUAUUGGUAAGGAAUAUGAGCGAAUUAUAGAUCGUUACGGCACCGAUGCCGUAACUGGUAUAAUGCCAAAGAUCAUCAAUACGCUCGAGCUGUUGGAAGCAUUAGCGACCAAAAAUGAGCGCGAAAAUGCGAUAAUACAAGAGUUGCGUGAAAAGAUAGCACAACUGGAGAGUGAAAAAUCCGAAAAGGCCGAAUAUCGCAGGCGUUUUGAAAGGGAAAUGGAGGUGCUUGAAGAGCAAUGGCGAACCGAAACCAAUGAACUGGUUGAAAUGGUACAAACAUUACAGGAUGAAAACAAGCGGCUGGUUAAACAAACGCAGGAUCUGCAAUCCUCUUCCGCACACUCUUCCGGCUUGGGCGCUAGUUUGACCGAGAGCAUCAUUAGCAUUACAAAUAAUGAGUUGAAUGCUGCGCUAACCGAUACGCAAGUGCUGCAACGCUUAAAGGAACAAAUUUACAAACAACGUGACGAGCUGAAAGAAAAGGAGCAUGAAUUGCAGGAAAAAUAUGGCGAAAUCGAAAAUCUACACAUACAAAUAGAUCGUUUGAAAUCGUCUGGACGCGAUGCACACCGUCGACGCAAAAUGUUGCAGUCGCAGGUGAAGACGCUGUGCGAGGAGCGCGCCGACUUUCUCGCCCAACUACAGGACCAAUAUCGUGACAUUAAUCAAUUACGCAAGCAACUCGGUUUGGCUGAAAAGGAGAAUGAGGAUUUGGUAAAGUCAUGCAGCGACGACCCCAACGAUCCGAAUCGUCCGCGCUACACAACGCUACAGUUGAAGGAGUUAAUUUGUGAACGUGACGAAUUAAUUACCACUGUUGACAAUUUGACCGAAGAGUUGAAAGCACUCAAACCCAGUAAUGCCAAAACGACAGCGGCCAGUGGUGGUAGCGGUGGUGGUGGUGAUUCAAGUUCGUAUGAUUAUGACGACGAAGAUGAUGAUGUAGAUGAGGAAUCGCAAGAGGCGCAAGAAGGCGCAGUGUGUGGCACGCCACCUGACCAUGAUGCACCAGUACAAGGACCUCUACCGUACGAGCCAGACGAUGCUCCUUGGAAGAAGAGCAGUGAGUCCGGCAUACGCAAAUUCUUCCGCCGCCUGUUCUCCGACACCUCGGAUACUUCCAAACGUUCCUUGGCUACGCUAUCGAAAAUGGCACUCUCCGCCACACCUGGCAAUAUGGAGGUCAAGUAAAUGGUUGUACGUUUUUGUUUGUGUCGAAAGCAUUUUGUGCAAAAAGUUGUAACUUUUCGGUUUUAAGGAGAGCAAUUUGUUGCAAACAUUUUAGCUGGAAAUGGUGAACAUUCUUCCGUUUGCUGAAGAUAACUAAUUACACUGCAGAAAUAUAUGUACAUGUAUAAUGUUAAUGCAUUGAUAUUAUUGUAUAUUAACACAAAGAAGGACGAUAAAUUCACAAUUUUUUUUAGGUUAUGUAUUUUUUUUCGAGACUAUGUGAUGUUUCUGAAUGCUAGGUGGUAGCUAAAAAAUGUUUAGUAUUUAUGGUAAACAAUGCUAUUGAAAUUUUAUUUUUUAAAAAUUUCUUUUCGCACAAAAAAAAAAAUGAAAAAAAAUGUGAUUUCCAACGAUUGGGAUGAAAAGUAUUAUAUUAUUAACAUAUUUUGUGUUAGAUCUUACAGAAAUAAUAUGUGCUUACAAAUAUUAAGCACAAAGUAUGCUUUAUAAAAGUUGAAAUUAUUCAUAACUUAAAUUUUUUUAUUUGCGUUGGCUUUAAAUAGCAGCUUUUCCAGCGCUAUUUAGCUUACUUGUGCUGUUCUAAGCGCCUCGCAAGCCUUUGUAGUCUUAAUGCCUACGAAAUUCCAUACAUUUAUCGUCCUUCAAUAUUUUUACUAAAGCCAAAUAUGUUUAUAAGUGUUUUCUAUUUUAUUGUAUAUACAAACAUAUUUAUUUAUUGUCUUCUACACAAUUUUUCUAUUUAGUUUAUUAAGCCAAAGCACGUAUGUAUGUAUACCAAUACACAUGUGUUGCCAUGUAAUGUGUAUGUAUGUAAUUAUUUAUUUUUUGCAAGGUGCUAUUUUUUUCGAAGGCCCCGAGCACAACAAAAAAAAAAUUGAGUAAUUAAGUGUAAAUUGUGCAUGAGUUUAAUAAUUUAUUAUAAAAAAAUAUAUAUUCUACAAAACGUUGCGUGUAAAGCUUUAUUGCAGAUUUAUGUUAAAAAAAAUUAUUAAAAAUUUAAAAAAUACUAAAAGGGCGAGUAUUCAUAAAAACUAUUAUACUUAUUUAUUCAAAAUUUGCUUGUUAGUUUGAAAAAAUGAAAAACCUAUUUUUAAGCAACGAAAAUAAUAUUUAUGCAUAUUUACGUGAAGAAAAAUUAUUUAAAAUUAAAAAAGUGUUUACCUUUUUAUGGUAUGUUUUUAUUAAUUUAAUAUUCGACACAUUUUGUAACUGGAACAUUUUUUGAAGUACAUUUUUUAAAACAAAUUUAUAACUAAAACGAGUAUUCAUAAAAAAAUCUAUUUCGAAAAAUUUUUUAUGUAAAAUUUAUCUUCCUUUAGCGAGUUUUUUUUCGAAAUAUUUUUUAUUGGAACCCUAUUUUCAAUUAUGAAAAAAUUUUGUUUCUACGAACAACAACGACAUUACGUGAGUAUUCAUAAAACAACUGAUUUAUCUUUUUAUCGGAAAUUUUUUAACUGCGUUUAUUUUCUUAGAAUUUGAAAUUAACGAACGAUUAUUCAUAAAAAAUGUAUUUUUGUAUAUUCGAAAUUUUGUUUUCAAACGAAAUUUUUUUCGAAUGUUUUAGUUAGAAAAAUAUUUUAUGUAUGAAUAUUGCACAUGUUUCUACGAAAAUGAAAUGAGUAUUCAUGUAAGAUUUAACUAUUUUGAAUUAUUUUUUCUCGAAAAUUUAGUUAUCCGAAAAUUUUGUAUUCGAAAAAUAUUUGUUUUAACGAAUAUCAAAAACGACAUGCGAGUAUUUCUCAAAAUAUUAAUUGAAAAUAUUAUUUUUUCCCACAAACACAAGAACAAAUCUUUAAUAAAUUAAUUAUAUAAAUUUUAGUAUAAUAAAAUGUAUAUUUUUAGUUUUUAUUGCUUUUUGGUUAUUCACUUUUAUAAUUUAUUACAUGGCUUUUGUAUUACACCCUCGCACUUGAAUUACCGAGUUACUAACUAUAAAAAUGCCUUUAAAGCCUUGAUAUUUACCUAAAUAUGAUUGAAUGGUUUGAAACAGGUCUGUUUCGAAAUACAAAUCAUAUUAAAUAAAAUGUUUUCACUUAAAAUAAAUGUUUUAAUAAAUAUUUAAUUUUAAUUUUGGUAAAAUCAAGAAAUAUUUGGAUGGUUUGAAAUAAGAAUGUUCCAAAAUAUAUUUAAAAAAAAAAUAAUUAUACAGAAAAUAAAUUUAUUUAAUUUUAAUUUACAUAGAACAUAAUUCGGCAAUAAAAAAAUAAAUAUUUUAAUACUUUGGGCCACCCUAAUUUCUUAAAAACUGCAUUUAUAUCGAACAGACCAAAUAUGUGGCGCUUCCAGUGUUUUAUAACGGACAUGUAUCUAUAUUUUUUUAUUGAAAACAUUUCCGACGGCUUCCUGGUCUAUUUUUUGUAUAACUAUAUACCAAAACAUAUGAAAGAUAGCAAGAAUAUUGUAGAAGAUACGAAAUACUAUAUUUAAAUGUAGUACAAGAUUCUCAUACUAACUCUUAUCCAUACAAACAUAUAAUAUUUGAGUAGACACAUAUUGCAUGUUUUGCAAAAUAAAGUUUAAAAACAUUGUUUAAUAAAAAUAGUAAAAAAUAUAAAAGUAAUAUAAAAGCAGUGAGCAAAACUGGUCAGAAUUUUAAGGAUAAAAGUAAAGAAAAGUUUUCAAAUUUGUUCAAAAUUGUAAUUAUUGAGUUUUCAAUAAAAAAAAUAUUUUCGAGCGCGCUUCAAAGUAUGCUAAGGCUAUUCUAGUAAAAUUUUAAGACAUUCAGUUGAAAUAUAUAUUCUGAACUUUUUUUUUUUCAAAAACCUGAAUUUGGUUAUAUUUUAUGUAUACAAUUUUAAGAUUGCUGGUACAGAUGCAUACUUUUUGGGGUGUCCGGAAUUCAAGAAUUAAUUAAAUGAAAUGAAAUACUUUUUUAAUUAUAUAAUGAAAAUAAAAUGAAAAUCAUAAAAUAAAAGAAAAAUGAAUAAAAUGUAAAUCAUAAAAUAAAAAAAAAAUGAAUAAAAUAUAAAUUAUAAAAUAAAAAAAAAAUAGUAUUAUAAAUAUAAUAAUAAAAAAUAAAAGUUAUAUAAUAUAAUUUUGAAAAUGUCAUUGAAUAAUAAAAAAAAUAAAUAAAAUAACAUAAAAAAGGUAAAAGAAAAAAAAUAAAACAAAAAAAAUUUUAAAACUUGUUUUGACUUUUAUCCUUUUAUCAGCUGUCCAAUAAGCUCAUUCAGUCACGCACACUCACAUAAAUUUCACAACAAAUUAGCAUAUGGAUAUACAUACAUAUUUCUAAGUAUUUUAAUCGCAAAACAAAAAAAAAAAAAAAUUAUAGUGCCUCAGCAGCACAUUUUUAGCUAC